CGUGACGUCACUUCCUGCUGUGAGCUGCAUGAUGGCGGUGCCCAUGACAGAUCUGGCACAUUGACUUUAACUGGAGGUGUGCAGUUUACCCUCUCUUUAAAACACUCCAGCGACAUUUAUCAGUUGAUGAGCUAAACCGAAAUCCUCGUCAGUGAAUGUUGUUGAACUCAACAGCAGAUCAUGGCUCUUCAAAGACUGUCCUUCAGACUACGGCAAACGGUAACACAUGUUCGGUCCCUUCACACCAGUGGCUGUGGGCAGCAGCAGGCGGCUGAGGCUGUAGAGUCAAAACCUGAGCCGCUCUCAGUAUUCAGAACACGAGAGAAUGAUCCGGCAUGUCAUUCAGAGCAGCAUAUGGGACAGUAUUACACACUGCCCUCCACACACAUCCGCACCCUGUUCCCUCACGGUCUCCCAGGGCGCUAUCAACAACAGCUAAAGACGUUCAAUGAAGCCUGUAUGAUGGUGAGGAAGCCUUCUCUCGAGGUCAUCUCUUACCUGAAGAAAACAGACUUCAGCAAACCUUCGCUGCGAUAUUUAUUCUAUGGGUUGAAUGGCACUGGGAAGACAAUGUCUCUCUGUCACACAGUCCACUACUGCUACACACAGGGAUGGCUGGUGCUGCAUGUUCCUGAUGCUCACAUCUGGAUGAAGAACUGUAAGGAGCUGAUGCCUUCAUCCUAUAACGACACUCGCUUUGAUCAGCCUUUACAGGCCUCUGAGUGGUUACGCAACUUCAGAAUCACAAACGAGCCCUUCCUCUCAAAGAUAAAGACAAAGCAGCGCUAUGUGUGGACAAAGAGAGAGUCUACUGAGGAGGGGAGUUUACUAGGACAGCUGGUGGAUCAGGGCAUAUCUCGUGUGAAGACCAGCAGCGACGUGGUGGGGGCGGUGUUGAAGGAGCUGAGGCUGCAGAGCGGGCAGCCGGAGUCAGACUUCCGCAUGGCCGUGGCUGUUGACGGUGUCAACGGCCUGUGGGGAAGAUCCACCAUCAAGAAGAAGGAUAAGAGUCCAGUGGAAUCAGAUGAGCUGACUUUGGUUUAUAACCUGAAGAAGCUGCUGACAAAGGACUGGACUGGAGGCGCCAUCAUCACCACUCUGUCUCAGACGGGGUCUCUCUACACUUCGAAAUUUGACUACUUGCCUCAAGAGCUGCUGGGAGAGAGAGGGUUUGACAGCAUGGACCCGUUCCUCCCGGUGUCGGUGCCCAACUACAGUGAGAAGGAGUUUGAGAGCUGUUACCUCUACUGGCUGGACCGCCAGUGGCUGCAGCAUCCGCUGAGUCGAACAGAGGAAGGAAAGAAAGAAAUCAUCUUUUUGUGCAACAGAAAUCCAUCAUUGAUGGACAGAGUUUGUGCCUCCCUAUAAAGACCUGAAUCCCUCUCAAAUGUCCGUGUCCAUAAUAUCUAUAAAAUAUGAUGCAUGUGUGUUUCUUUGAUAAUAAAAUGUUGAAUAAUAUAAAAAAGUA